CGUUCCGUCCCAGAUAAAUCCGGUUCGGUUCUUUUUCUCCGUGGGGCUCGACCGCUUCCAUCACGCUCUCGGAAGGAUGGCGUUCGUCGACGCCGACAAGCUCAGUUACGAGAUCUUCUCCGUCCUCGAGAGCAAGUUCCUCUUCGGCCUCGACGACCCCAACAAGCUCUUCUUCCCCACUUCCUCCUACUCCUCAGCUGGCGCCUCCCCCCGGACCGCCGCAGGUGCCCGAGGAAGGAUCCGGAUCCUGUCCAUCGACGGCGGCGGCAGCCCCUCCGAUGCCCUCCUCGCCGCGGUCGCCCUCGCCCGGCUCGAGUCCUCCCUCCGUCACCGUUCCGGCGACCCAUCCGCCCGCGUUGCCUACAUGUUCGACGUCGCGGCCGGCUCCCGCGCCAGCCGAACCGGGUGCCGCUGAGCUCGUCAGGAUCGCUGGCGAGGGCUUCGCCGACAUGAUUAACUCAUGAAAAGCCGUGGCUUUUGUGAUCAUCGUCACGUGGAUCAAGCGGUGGCGACGGCAUUCGGACACCGUAGAGCAAGCAAUCAACUGCGCAUAGAGGUGAACCUUCGACUUCCGUGAGCAAAUUAUACCUACUGUUGGGGUAAACAACUUUAUGUAGUGGCCUCGGGACCGACGCGGCUUGUUCUGGGUUCGAAUGGCGGGAAUCCCCCGGGAGAUUCCUCAAAACAGUAGAAGUCGUCGACCCGUUGGUCAAUUUGGCCGGGGAGAGGGGUCGUCGUUUUCUCCGGAAAAGGACUCCCCGCCUUUACGUCCGGCGAGACAUGCCUCGUCUUCGUUCCUACACAUAGGUCGGGUCGGAAGCUCGGCCCGACCCCUCCGACGAUCAAGUUAAUGAUGUUCGACCCGACCCCUCCAACGAUCAAGUUAGUGAUGUGGAGAAGAGUGCUCUCUUUUUUUUUCCUUUUCUCUCGUAUCUUAGAACGCGACGGUAUUUAUAAGGGGUUUGAGUGUUACCGGAUGCACCUGCCCACUGUGAGCCGGGUCGUAUCCCCUGAUGACGUCUGACAUUGCUGUUAGCGUAUCGUGAGGAGGCGAGUCUGAGCGAUCGUUGAUGGGCCUCGGUUGGCGUUCCAGCUCAUGCUGGUCAGGCGUUGUCAGCCCGUCAGAGACGCGAGGCGUCAACUGAUAUCAUGAGGGUCUUGUCAUAAUUAUUGCUCUUAUCACCU